GGCGCUUGUUUCCGGCCGGACGGCCGAAAAUCACCGAUCCUGAACCAGUCGCCGGAGCCGGAGUGGCGGCCGGGUGUGGAGUAGGCAAAAAGCCACUGGGGGAGGCCAGUGUGGAUCAGUCCCGUCUGGCUCCAGCUCCUGAUCCUGUGCGGAGCAACAGCCGCGGUCGCAGUCUCCGCCACCGCCUCCGCUUCCAUCGUCGUCGGGGGAGGGGCCGGCCGGACCCCGGGGUCACAGCAGAGGAAUGAGGAGAGGCGGCCGGGCCCCGCGCUCCGCCCCGGCCUAGGGCCUUGCCCCGGGAGCCGCGAGGGGAGAAGGAAAAGCAGAGACCUGUCACCCUGCAAACUUGGCCUGGUGCUGUCAUCGUGAAGGGUUGCCCAUCCUACUUUGAUGUACUCUAUGGUGACAAGAAAGUAACCUUUGACCUUAGAGGCUUAUAGUAUAUUCUGCUGGAAGCGUCUGUCUACAUAGGAAACACUUCAUCUCAGUUUGUUGGUGGAGGCCCUGGAUUGUGAUCUAUAUGUCCUCCCUACGUCAGCUGCCUGCAGGUACUACAUGAUCACAUGACCCUGGAUAUGGACGCUGUCCUGUCUGAUUUUGUCCGAUCCACAGGAGCAGAGCCAGGGCUGGCCCGAGAUCUCCUGGAAGGGAAGAACUGGGAUGUGAGUGCCGCCCUCAAUGAUUUUGAACAGCUGCGUCAAGUCCAUGCUGGGAACCUGCCCCCACCCUUUAGUGAAGGGAGUGGUGGCCCCAGGAUCCCUGAAAAAGGGUUUUCUGAUAGAGAGUCUACUCGCCCUCCCCGACCCACCCUACAGCGGCAGGAUGACAUCGUUCAAGAAAAACGCCUGUCUAGGGGCAUCUCCCACGCCAGCUCCAGCAUUGUUUCCCUCGCCCGCUCCCAUGUCUCCUCCAAUGGUGGGGGUGGGGGGAGCAGUGAGCACCCCCUGGAAAUGCCCAUCUGUGCCUUCCAGCUUCCAGAUCUCACUGUGUAUAAUGAAGACUUCCGCAGUUUCAUAGAGAGAGACCUCAUUGAACAGUCCAUGCUGGUCGCCUUGGAACAGGCAGGACGGUUGAACUGGUGGGUGAGUGUGGACCCCACCUGUCAGAGGCUGCUUCCUUUGGCAACUACUGGGGACGGAAACUGCCUCCUGCAUGCAGCAUCUCUUGGGAUGUGGGGUUUCCAUGAUCGGGACUUGAUGCUGCGGAAAGCUUUGUAUGCACUGAUGGAGAAGGGAGCCGAGAAGGAAGCAUUAAAACGGCGCUGGAGGUGGCAGCAAACACAGCAGAAUAAAGAGUCAGGCUUGGUGUACACAGAGGACGAAUGGCAGAAGGAAUGGAAUGAGCUAAUCAAACUUGCCUCAAGUGAACCCCGCAUGCAUCUGGGUACCAAUGGAGCCAACUGUGGAGGGGUGGAGAGUUCAGAGGAGCCUGUCUAUGAGAGUCUAGAAGAAUUCCACGUCUUCGUCCUUGCCCACGUGCUCAGGAGGCCCAUUGUGGUGGUGGCAGACACCAUGCUGAGGGACUCGGGGGGAGAAGCGUUCGCCCCUAUUCCCUUUGGCGGAAUCUAUCUGCCCUUGGAGGUCCCAGCCAGCCAGUGUCACCGCUCCCCUCUGGUGCUCGCUUACGAUCAGGCCCACUUUUCUGCACUUGUGUCCAUGGAACAGAAGGAGAAUGCCAAGGAACAAGCUGUGAUCCCACUUACAGAUUCUGAGCAUAAGCUGCUCCCCCUGCACUUUGCUGUGGACCCUGGGAAGGGCUGGGAGUGGGGCAAAGACGACAGUGACAACGUCCGAUUGGCCAGUGUGAUCCUGUCCCUAGAGGUCAAGCUGCACCUGCUGCACAGCUACAUGAAUGUCAAGUGGAUCCCAGUGUCCUCUGGUGCACAGGCUCCCCUGGCUCAGCCCGAGUCCCCCACGGCCUCAGCUGGAGAUGAGCCCCGGUCCACUCCAGAGUCUGGGGAAUCAGAUAAGGAGUCAGUUGGCAGCAGCUCUACCAGCAAUGAGGGCAGCAAGCGGAAAGAGAAGUCCAAACGCGAUCGGGAGAAGGACAAGAAAAGGGCGGACUCCGUGGCUAACAAGCUGGGCAGCUUUGGCAAAACCUUGGGCAGCAAGCUCAAGAAGAACAUGGGAGGCCUGAUGCCCAGCAAGGGCUCUAAGCCCGCAGGGCUGGGGCCGGCGGCAGGGCUGAGCAGUGGCACCGAGACGCUGGAGAAGAAGAAGAAGAGCUCGCUGAAGAGCUGGAAGGGCGGCAAGGAGGAGGCGGCUGGGGACGGGCCUGUGUCUGAGAAGCCCACGUCCGAGUCUGUGGGCACUGGCGGGAGCAGGUACAGCCAGGAGGUGAUGCAAAGCCUGAGCAGCAUGAGGACUGCAAUGCAAGGGGAGGGGAAGUUCAUCUUCGUGGGGACCCUGAAGAUGGGUCAGCGGCACCAGUAUCAGGAGGAGAUGAUUCAGCGCUACCUUGCUGACGCUGAGGAGAGAUUCCUGGCCGAGCAGAAACAGAAGGAGGCAGAGAGGAAGAUCAUGAACGGAGGGGUGGGGAGUGGGCCUCCCCCGGCCAAAAAGCCAGAGCCAGACGGUGGGGAGGAGCUGUUGGCAGCCCCCCAAGCAGAGUCGCAGGCAGUGGCAUUCUCUGCUGGCUACCCUGGGGGCUUCACUAUCCCUCGGCCUUCUGGGGGUGGGGUGCACUGCCAGGAACCCCGGAGGCAGUUGGCAGGGGGUCCGUGUGUGGGGGGCCUACCACCAUACGCCACCUACCCCAGACAGUGCCCUCCUGGGCGCCCCUACCUGCCUCAGGACAGCAGCCCUUCUCUGGAGCCAGGCAGUCACUCCAAGGACGGCGCUCACAGGGCCGCGCUGUUACCGCCUCCCUUCCGCGUGGCUGAUUCCUACAGCAACGGCUACCGGGAGCCCCCCGAGCCGGAUGGGUGGGCCGGAGCGCCCAGGGCGCUUCCCCCAACCCAGACCAAAUGCAAACAACCGAACUGCAGCUUCUAUGGACACCCUGAGACGAACAACUUCUGCUCCUGCUGUUACCGGGACGAACUGCGGAGGCGGGAACGGGACCCUGGUGGGGAGCUGCUGGUGCACAGGUUCUGAGUGGGGACCCUGGAGGGCAAGGGGGCUCAAUAAGGAAGGUCCAGCUCAACUGACUGGCUCAUCAAGACCCGGCCCCCACGUUGACGGGGCAAAUGAAGUAACGUGUGUGGGAGCCUGGCUAGAAACUGAAGGCUGUGUGCACCAGAGAGCUGCCCGGCAGGCCGGCGGGCGGGCAAGAGCAGGUCAGGGCUGGAUGGCGCCUCAGGGCUGGACGCGGCCUUUGCAGAUCUUAACUUGAUGGGACUGAGCAGGUACCAGGGGGAAGGUGGUGAUUCUGUCUCC